AUGGCCGUUGAGGAGACAAACGACAACGUGGCUUGCACCAGAGGGCUACAGGCUUGGGAGGCAAGAAGAAGAGCAUGGACAGAGCCCAAUCAACAGUAUUUGGACAAGCAGAAGAAUGCAGCCACCGUUGCAGGAAAGUGCAAUGUUGCGUUUGAGCAAGAGGUACACCAGAAAGCCAUCUAUAAGCAGUUGGUCCAUCAGCACCGCAUACUCAAGACACCCAUUUCAUUGAAAUACAUUAUCCCUAUUCUAGUUACUGGCUGGCAAGAGGAUGGGGUAUGGCCCAAAGGUGAAGUAGUGCAAGAGAAAAGCGAUUAG